AGGCGUGCUUCCUGUCGCAGCGCUCCGUCAGCAUGGUGGAGACGAGCAGCGCACCAGGAGCAAGUCUAGGCUGGCCCGGGACUGAAAAGACUUCCCCGAGCGAGCCGGGCCCCUCUGUUUUCAACACGUCCCCCUCCUCGCCGGCGUCCAGCCCCUCGUACUCGUCGCGCUACAAAACCGAACUUUGUCGCUCGUUCACCGAGAACGGUUUGUGCAAGUACGGCGGGAAGUGCCAGUUCGCCCACGGGCCCGAGGAGCUGCGCGACCUGAACAGACACCCCAAGUAUAAAACGGAGCCGUGUCGUACGUUUCACACCAUCGGCUUCUGCCCGUACGGGAUCCGCUGCCACUUUAUCCACAACGGCGAGGAAGAAAAGAAGCACUCGUUCCCUCGCUCCGCCUCCUCCUCAUCGUUUUCUUCCUCCUUCAACAUUCCUCAGCAGCUGCCGCCCUCCACCCGCUCACACAGACCCCCCCUGGUCCGACAGAGUUUCAGUUUCGCCGGGUUCCCCUCUGUCCCUCAGCACUCCCUCCAGCCGGUCCCAGCUGGGCGCGCUCCUCCUGCCACCACCUCCUUCGCAAGCGGCCCGUCGGCUUCUCCAUCGUCCUGCGCCGACAUCACCGACCUCCUCUCCUUCUUGGAGGUGGAUUCAGCCUUCGAGGCCUCCCCCGCCCAGCACUGCCAGCCUCCCACAAGCCAGGUCGCUCAGGCUGACCCACGGUCUCCGUUCCUGCCUUCCCCUGACUCCGGCUACUCCCCGUGCGGACUGUCCCCCACCGACUCGCCUCCCCUCCGCCAGAGUCCCAGCGCCGCCGAGGUCCUCUCUGAGCCGCUGGGCACCCGCUCGCCGUCCUGCACCUCGCUGUCGGACCAGGAUCAGGACGGGGGCAGCUCCGUCAGCUCGCUCAGCGGCUCGGAGUGUUGCGGGGGGAACGUCGACGCCAGCGGCAAACGUCUGGCGGUGUUCAGCCAGCUGUCUGUUCCUGAAGAUGCCACAGAGUUCUCUCUUUAAGCUGCACAGUGCUUUUAAACACUCUGUUUCAUCCGGUUCACCCAACGCACCGCACCCAGCUGGACUGACGAGACCUUUGCUCCUGCGUGGCAUUAAAAACUGACAGACUCCAAACCCCUCAAGAGAUUUCCCACCGUUGGAUCCACGUAGUUACGACGUCACGGUGGCGCCGAAACUAAAGAGAUGAGAUACGUUUUACACUGACGACAAAAAGCGUUUUACUCGUGUCAUUUUCCCGCGAUGACUUAACGACAAACGUAAAUCCCAGCGUGUCGUUGAAUGCAUCACCACUGAUUUGUCUUACGAGUAAUUGAAGCUAUGGGACAAAGCCAAAGAAGACGUGUUUUUUUUUUGUAGCUCAGACUUGUAGAUGAUGGUGGAACAAUCAACACGGUGGCCUAAAUGUUUCGGAGUUCCUCCAUUAUGUGUACACAGUAUUGUUUAUAAGCUUGUGAACUAGUUUUUGUUUAUCAUUGUGCAGUCUGAGGUCGUGUUCUGAGCGCUGGCCUCGCAGCUGAAUGUUGGGGUUACUUUUAAGUAUUCUGCCUGUACCAUUGUUUUAAUUUCGACCAGAUCCUGUUACGACGUUGAACCAAGAGACGUU